UCUGAUUGGUCGGUUCAGGCCAGCUGGCAGUGACGCCACAGUCAGCAGCAGGUGUGGACGGCAGUGUUAUUUCUUUAUUUUGGUUUGCUUGCUGCAGCUCGCAGGCUCAUGCCACUCCGUGUGGUUAAACUGAAGCGGAUUCAGGUCCAGGUCCGGGUGUAAACCCUGUCUGUGUGGUUCACUGUCGAGAUGUCGUCGGCCCAACAUGACGGAACCUUGAGUCAGCUCAAUAAGUUUGAGAAACUGUCGUGGAGGCCCUCCACCCGCGAAUCAGGCUCCAAGAAGCGGGCACGGUGGCUUCAGGCUCGGCGCAUCUUCUCCCCUUCCUGCCCCAACCUGCGGAUCCCCAACAGGUUUCUGAGAGAAGGACACUGUGUACCCCCCGCUCGCAGCGGACACCGCUGUGUUGCAGACAGCACCAACCUGUAUGUGUUUGGAGGCUACAACCCAGACUUUGAGGAGGCAGGCGGGUCAGAGAAUGAAGACUACCCUCUUUUCAGGGAGCUUUGGCGGUUUCAUUUUGCCACAACCACCUGGCAGCAGGUCCGCACAGAGGGUUACAUGCCCACAGAGCUGGCCUCUAUGUCAGCUGUUCUACACGGCAACAACCUGCUUGUAUUUGGUGGCACUGGGAUUCCCUUUGGUGAAAACAACGGCAAUGACGUCCAUGUUUGCAAUGUACAGUACAAACGAUGGAACUUGCUCAACUGCAGAGGGAAGAAACCCAACAAGAUCUACGGACAGGCGAUGGUCAUCAUAAAUGGCUACCUCUAUGUGUUUGGCGGGACAACGGGCUACCUUUACAGCACCGACCUGCACCGGCUGGACCUGACCACCAGAGAGUGGACCCACCUCAAACCCAACAACACACCAUCAGACCUACCUGAGGAGAGGUACAGACACGAACUAGCUCAUGAUGGACAGAGAAUAUACAUUUUAGGAGGUGGGACGUCCUGGACCUCAUAUACCCUGGAAAAGAUUCACGCAUAUAACUUGGAGACAAAUUACUGGGAGGAAAUGGUCACCAAACCCCAUGAAAAAAUAGGAUAUCCUGCUGCCCGCCGUUGUCACAGCUGUGUGCAGGUCAAAGAUGAGGUGUUUAUAUGUGGGGGUUAUAAUGGAGAGCUGAUCCUAUCCGACCUGUGGAAGAUCAACCUGCAGACUUUUCAGUGGACCAAGCUGCCUGCCGCCAUGCCAGAACCAGCAUACUUUCACUCUGCUGCCGUCACUCCAGCAGGCUGCAUGUACGUCCACGGCGGCGUCGUCAACAUGUCUGGGAACAAAAGGACUGGCUCUUUGUACAAAGUGUGGUUGGUGGUGCCCAGCCUGCUGGAACUGACCUGGGAGAAACUGCUGAAAACUUUCCCUCACUUAGCCCAGCUGUCCACCCUUCAGCUGCUCAGCAUGGGACUGACACACGCACUAAUUCAGCGGCUCAAAUAGAUGGAGCACAGAGACUGAAGGACGCGGUAUGUGAUGGAACAGCACUGCCUUUAAAAUAUAACUAAUGACUCGGCCAAAAAGUUCUUGAGAAGGACAAAGAAAGUCUGAUGUCAGAUGAUUAUUUUAAAAAACUUUGAAUGCCUUUUAACGUUAGUUUUAUGUAAAUGUAGGUGCUUUUUUUUUUUUUUUUUUUUUUUUUGUGUUUCUCUGUAUGUGAAUGUAUCAGAUUUGAGUUUGCAUGCAUCCAUCAGAAGCCAUGCAUCAGCAUGGACACCAGAAUCACUGUUUCUUGUGCUUUUGCACUCAAAGUUUUGGGUCCACUAUGUCAUGCAUUUCCCAGUUGUUUUUUUCACACAUUACUGUCACAGAAACUUGUAGAGCAGGAAUAGUUCAAUGUUCCAAAGAUCACUUGUUGAAAGGCAAAAUGAAUGUUGCUUCUGUGAAUGUCAUUUUAGAUUCAAUUCAGAGAUCAGUUUGUUUCACUGUAGCUGAAAUUCUCCGCACACCGUUUGCAAUCUUUGCCACAUGUUCAGUCCCCACUGUGACAUAGGUUAGAUCAGAAAUGACUGCCCAAACCCAUGGUGAUAUAAACUUAAAUGUCCAUUUAGUUAGUAAAAAAUCAGCCAGAUGAUCUGAAAAGACACUGCUGAUAAAUCAUGGACAUGUGAAACUGGGAUACCUAAAAUUCUAAUUAGGUUAAUUAUUUAAGGCAUCAUGUUUUAGCCUCAAGGGCUUUCUGAUUGCAUGCUGAUAAUGAGCUUUGAUCGUAACUGUACAGUUCAAAUUUGAAAAUGUUCCCCUCACUGGAACACAUUAGGCCUUAUGAUCAGAUGAAAACACAAAAGCCUUUUUAAAACAGCUGUGACAUGGCAUCACUGUGAAUCUUCUAGUGCCUCUUUGGUUAUUCUUCCUAUUUUCUUUUAGGAAAAAUUAAGCUUAAUAAGUUAGAAAUUAUUUUAUUAGCAGCUCCACAGUGAUUCUCAAGCCUUUCAUUUCUACAUUCGGUGCCUUCUGAAUUUCCAAUAUGUCCCACACAUUGUUUUUACAUCUCUGUAGAAGAUUUUUAUUUGUUUAUUACUCUCUGAGCUGUGCACAUGCAGCCUUUUUCCCCAUUGCUUUACUGGGUGUUCUCCACAUGAGCCUUUUGUUGCUAAAAUAAUCAGGAGAUGCCACUUGCAGCUAAAGAUUCUUUUUUUUGUGCUGCUGUUUGAUUUUAUGACAGAACUUUUUUUUUUUUUUUUUUUAUUGUAGCAAAAUGUGCAGCUACGUGUAAUGGUCAUUUCAGUUCCCAAUGUAUGCCUAAACUUCAUUUUAACCUUUUAUACUGCAUAAGGCUAACUGGUAUUAACUAGAAACAAGGUAUGUAAGGUGUACUCAGGAUGUGAAAUACUGUGAUCAGACUCAGUCUGUAGAGCAUCACCAUCGCCAAAAUGUCAACUGGCUGUCAUUUUUGGGACAGAAAUAUGUACGACAAGAUUACUCAUGAAAACUAAUCUUUCGUGGCUACUGUGGACUGUAACUCUUAAAUACUUUAGUAACAUUUCAGCUGCUUGUAUUAAGUCACACUUUUGCCUCUUUCUUUCAGCUAUUUUGUCAGACUCUACCUUAAAUAUUUUAUCUCAUGUUCACUUUAAUUGUUGUUGCAAUACUAAGCUAACUCAUCUAAAACAUAUUGUCUCAUAAGUCUCUUUCACAUUCAAAACUCCACCUCAUUUACUUUUUGUUAUGUUUGACAUGUUGCAGCGUUAUUUAUAUCCUAUUAUGAAGCAACAGCUUCACUUUGUGCUUGGUCUUGGUAAAUGUACUGCCUUGGUUAAGAUUGAGAUGUUUAUAUUUGCAUCAUUUUUUUUAUGUUAAUGAAAGUUAAAUUAUCUAUUUUGCAUGUCUGUAUGGUGUGCAUGUCACUUUACAUAAAUUCUCGGGAGAAAAGGUGAAUGUCUCCUCAAAAGCAAAUAUGGCUGUAAUGUACAUUAUGUUUUGUAAUUCCUGUCUGUGCAAACAAUAAAAACACAGGCAGACAGUU